UAGUGCAGAAGGGGGAGACAGGAAAAACGAGUGAGCAACGACAAAAGAAGAGAGAGGGUGGGAGGGGCAACAAAGAUCUGUCAGAUGAGGCUUGAGACGCUUCUAUUUUCUGUGUGGUCUCCUUUAUUACAGGGCGUUCUGAACGGGCAGCAUCAGUGUGUCUCUUGCGCAUGAUCAGCUGUCUACGCAUCCCUUCUGCCGAGAGUCAACACAUAUCUCAGCAUCUCUCCGCCAGAGACAGAAAGAAAAACACCCGCUCUCCUCCGCUAAUUGAGGAACUGAUAAGCCUUUUCUCCUUUCUUCUGGUGUGGUUCUGAUCCGGUUCAGUUCUGAUCUGAGCGCGAGAAUGGCGCGUUGGAGCGUGAGAAUGAUUCUGUUGAGCCUCAGCUCAUUAGCUCUGAGCUACGCUGUCGGCGGGGACGUGUGCAUAACAGGUCAUGACAGUGGGCCAGUGUUUGAGGAGCAGCCCAGCAGUGUGGUUUACCCAGAAGGUCUCAGUAAGGGAACAGUUACUCUCAACUGCCAGGCUAGAGCCAGCCCUGCUGCUACGUACAGGUGGCAUGUGAAUGGUACGAAUGUCCCGGUAGGGGACCUCCGGUAUACACUGGUAGCCGGUAACCUGGUGAUCAGUGGUCCCCAGUACGGCAGUGACGGAGGCUCCUACCAGUGUCUGGCCAUGAACCGCUGUGGCACCAUACUCAGCCGCGUCGCCAAUCUCAAAUUCGGCUACCUCCAUGACUUCUCUGGGGAAGGGCAGAGCCCGCAGACAGUGUACGAGGGUGCAGGUGCCUUCCUGGCCUGUCAGGCCCCAGCCCACUACCCAGCGCUGUCCUACCGCUGGUUCGUUAACGACUUCCCCAGCUUCGUGAAGCCUGACGGGGGUAGGUGGUUCGUCUCCCAGGUAACGGGCAACCUGUACCUGGCCAAGGCGGAGCCUAACGAUACGGCAAGCUACUUUUGCUUCACCACCAUCGACAUGGACAUCAGUACCAAGAGUACCUUCAGCAAGGCCAACCAGCUCACCGUGCAGCCAGACGCCAAUACCAGGAAGUCAGCUCCUGCUAUCAAAGUGCGUUUUCCAGCAGAGACUUACGCCCUGGCAGGACACACCACCCAGCUGGAGUGCUUUGCCUACGGAAAUCCCAUCCCAAAGUUGCGUUGGAGGAAGGUGGAUGGUCUGUUGCCGUCUAAGGCCGGGGCCAGUGCAGAGGGACCCAUCCUCACUCUGCCUGAGAUUACCUUCCAUGACGAGGGCGUGUACGAGUGUGAGGCCUACAACUCUGAGGGCCGCGACAAACACCAGGGACGCAUCAACGUGCAAGCCCAGCCAGAGUGGCUGCAGGUGAUGAGUGACUCUGAGGUGGAGAUCAGUUCAGAACUGCACUGGACCUGUGUGGCUGCUGGCAAACCAAGACCCUCCAUACGCUGGUUACGUAAUGGACAGCCCCUUAGCACACAGGACCGAGUGGAGGUCAAUGGGGGUCGUCUGAAGGUCAUCAACCUGGCACUGGAGGAUUCUGGGAUGUAUCAGUGUGUGGCUGAAAACAAACACGACACCAUCUACUCCAACGCCGAACUGAGGGUGCAAGUCCAGGCCCCAGACUUCCGCUCCAACCCGGUGAGGAGGUUGGUCCCAGCAGCCCGAGGGGGGCAGGUGAUGUUGGAGUGUCGGCCGCGAGCCGCCCCAAAACCUACCCUGUUCUGGAGCCGUGGCACUGAGCUCCUCACCAACAGCAGCAGGGUGACAGUGACUCCAGAUGGGAUCCUGUGGAUCCACAACAUCAGCAGGGCAGAUGAGGGGAAGUACACCUGCUUUGCUGAGAACUACUUGGGCAAGGCCAACAGCACUGGACACCUGUCGGUUAGAGAUGCCACUAAGAUCACCCUAGCUCCCUCCAACGCUGACAUCAACCAGGAAGAGAACGUCACGCUGCAGUGUCACGCGUCACAUGAUCCCACCAUGGACCUCACCUUCACCUGGGCUCAUAAUGGAGCUCUGCUGGACCUGGAGGACCCCGCCGGACCGUACCACCGUGUGGAGGGGAAGGAGACCAUAGGGGAUCUGUUGAUAGUGAGUGGUCAGCUGAGUCAGGCCGGUACAUACAGCUGUACAGCUCAGACCGUGGUGGACAGCGCCUCAGCCUCCGCUAAACUGGUGGUCAGAGGCCCCCCGGGACCUCCUGGUGGUUUAGUGGUGAAGAACGUUGCUGAGACGUCGGCGGAGCUGCGGUGGAGUCGUGGCUAUGACAACCACAGCCCCAUCGGGAAGUAUGUCAUCAUGGGUUGCUCCCCACUGUCAUCCGGAUGGAGGACGAUGAGGACAGAACCAUCUAACAUUGAAGGCAAUGCUGAAUCGGCUCGUGUGGUUGGCCUGUUGCCCUGGAUGGACUAUGAGUUCCAGGUCAUCGCCAGUAACAUCCUGGGUAGUGGAGAGCCUAGCAUGUCCUCUCACACCGUACGCACCCAGCAAGCAGCUCCCACAGUGGCCCCUAGUGGACUAGGUGGAGGAGGAGGAGACCGCAACGAACUCAUCAUCACCUGGACCCCCAUGGCCAGAGAGUACCAGAAUGGAGAUGGCUUUGGCUACAUCCUGGCAUUCCGGAAGCGGAACACUCCGACAUGGGUGGUGGAGCGUGUUUCCAACGUGGAGUCGUCUCGCUAUGUGUACUCCAACCAGAGCCUGUCCCCCUACUGCCCAUUUGAGGUGAAGAUCAAAGCCUACAACCGUAAAGGAGAGGGUCCCUUCAGCCAGAUUGCCCUGGUGCACUCUGCAGAGGAGGAGCCCACGGUGGCGCCCUUGAGGAUCAAUGCCACGGCUCUGACGGCGUUCGAGAUGCAGGUGUCGUGGGACCCGGUCCAACACCUCAGCGCCAAUGGCAUCCUCAGAGGUUACGAGAUCCGGUACUGGCGUCAGCAUGAGCGGGAGGCAGCUGCAGACCGUGUGCGUACAGCCGGGUUGGAGACAACGGCUCGCGUGGCAGGACUGAGACCCAGCACCCGGUACCAUGUUACCGUGCUGGCCUACAACAGCGCUGGCACAGGACCAGCCUCACCCAAAUCCACUGUCACUACCAGGAGACCACCUCCUAAUCGCCCCCCUGGCAACGUGUUCUGGAAGACUGAUGGCUCAUGGGUAACUGUGAGGUGGGAUCAUGUCAAGGCCCUCGGCAACGAAUCAGCUGUGCUGGGCUACAAGGUGUUGUAUAAGCAUGAGGGCCAGUCUGCACUGAAGGUUCUGGACAAGGGGAAGACGUCCGUCACCCUGCCCUUACCCAAAGACAACGGCUAUGUGGUCCUGGAGAUACGCUCCUGGGGGGAGGGAGGAGACGGAGCCGCACACGAGACCAUUGUUUCCCGCGACUCAGGAACUGGAAUGAUGGUGCAGAACCAAGCAAGAUCCCCAUGGUCCAAUCAUGCUCCCCUCCUUCUCACCGCCACACUCUCCCUCACUCUUAUUGGCUUACUGGACCUGUGAUCUCCGCCAGUCCCUGGACAUUGUGUCAUAGUCAUGGUGUAAAGCCUAUUGUUCAGAUUCACCUAUCUAUUGUUUUGUUGUGGCGGGGAGGGUAUUUUGAACAGGUGGACAAGGGUGUGUGGGGUAAUAUUUUGAAGCAAGGGGGAUGGGGGGAAUUAAAAUGGUUAUUUUAUUCUUCUUUUUAUAAGAACAUCAAACCGGGACAUUUUUUAAGUGUGUGUGUCUAUGGGUUUUAAGGGAGGGGUCAGACUACCUGAUUGUCAAUUACAUUGGUGUCAUUAGAACCAUGCCUUAUGGGGAUACGAGAGGCUUUUGUCCUCCUUCAAAGCAGCAGGGCAAUUCGUCACACUCGCCAUGUCUCCUGGCUUCCCCUACUCUGCUAUGAACCCUAAGCUCGAUAGCGUAUGUCAGUCGUGCUUUCUGAAGUCGGUUCAGUUUCGUGUAGUUUAAAAAAAUUUAAAAAAUGGUUUUCGGUUUCAAUGUUGUUUUUUUAACAAUAAAUGCACUAUGCAUAAUGUGGGUUGAAUGCUGUAAUAACACAGAUUUUUAUUUUUAAGCCCCAUGAUGGUAAGUGACGACCCAAUACUGCGUACCACUUAUUAACCAUUCACAUUACUUUAUUAAUAAAAUAUGUCUGUUGUGUAUGUAUACAUUUGUUUUAUUUGAUAACUUCGGACUAGAUUCAAUCAGAUCAAGCAGUAACUGGCACUAGCAGACACCCAUGCGGGUGGAUGUUUUGGAGGUGUCAGAGGUGAAACUGUACUGCAGUCAAAUCGGUGAGCAGCUGCUCUGGGGAUCAUCGUCACGAAGCUACAACCGCCCCAUUUGCGUUAGCCUACACUUUCUUAUUCGGAACUUCUAUGUAUAAAUAAUUACACUGAAAUUGUAAAAUCAUUCAACUUAAAUAAUAAGGAUUUCCAUCAGACUAAUCAAGGUGUAGAUUACAUCUCACAUUCUAGUGUUCAAAUUUGUAAUCAAGGCUGCAUGUGAUUUCUCUUAUUGCGACUCAUUGCAGCCAAUGGUAAUGUCCACUUUAGGUAUAAUGCCGGGAGCUGCUUGGGGAUUUGACAGCUCUAACACAGUUCUACCUACUACACGGUCAAAACAUCAGUUUUGCGGAUGUUGGCUAAAGCAGAUCUGAUUGGGCCCUUUAAAAAAAUUUAAAUCCAAGACAUUGUCUCAUCUCUGCUCAUGCAGUUGCAGCCAGCCAGCCUACUAUCUCUGUGCUCCCCAAUGAGUCAUCCUAUAUAUUACCUGGCUCUAUAGAGCUGCUGCCUACGUUGUCUGACGAAAUCACUAUUUUAGUAGUUCUUCCAAGUAAAUAAGGCAUACUUUUAUGACUGCUGAAUACCAACUAUCAAACACUUGUAUUGUCGGGUAGAGAUACCUCGCGAAGAAACAACUGCUCUCUCUAUCCCUCCCUUCUAUCCCUCUCCAUAUCUGCUCCACAAACUUGACCGGACAAGUAGGCACGCAAUGGAUUAUGGUCAUUAUAGUCAAUUACCACAUUUUCUGCAGUAAACUAUAUAGAAUAUUGGGCUGUUGAAAACUACAUCUCCCUACUACAUCACAGUUUGCGCUUGAUCUGAUUUCUUUGUAGAAAAACAGUGCAUUGAGCUUACAGUAAAAAAUAAAUAAAAAAAACAUGGAAUUCAAAUAAUUAAAAAACAAAAAAUAACAUUUUGGUUAAUCGCUUAGCACUAUAUGUCACCCAACGUAACUUCUGUAUGUAGAACAUCAUGUGUACAUACAGAACAGUAGACAUCUCUGGUGCACUCAGACACUGACCAACUCUUUGUCUCUUGAAUAAGAUGAAGGGGGGAUUAAACAGUGACCUCAUUCAUACAUCUCAUGGCUCUUCAGGAAGUCUACUUCAAAUUGAACUCCCUGUGAAUGGACGCAUGCUUACUUUCUUAUGACACAACUUUUUGUCUCGUCCUAGGAUUUUCUGCCUGUGUGUUGGUUUGUUUGUUUUAUGUGAUGUAGUUAUGGCGGUGACAGCGUCUGAAUGAAUAACUUCACUCAUCCAAAUGAAUGUUUACCUUUAUGUUUAUGUUGGGAACUCAACUUUAUAAAGAUAUUUAUCAGUUCUGUGUUUACACUUUUUUUUGUGCCUGCAUUGUUUAGAAGAUUCAGACACAAAUGGAAAACAAUUUCAAUUCAGUGUUUUUGGGUUGGUUAUGAAACCCAUCUAUGCUGAAGUGUAAGAUGAGUAUUUCGCAAUGGCAAUAGUUGCGAUAAAACGAUGAAAGCAGGUACUGAAGACUGAUCACAAAGUACAGUGUUAUCGUUCACCCCUUUACAUAACAUGUCCCGUUGUUCAUUAACUGUUAAUCAUGCAACACUUCUGCCAUAAACACUGCCUGUCUGAGGAGAGUUCACUGCAAGGAUAUGUCAUCUAUGGAACAUACCGCGUCUGCUAGUUAAUCAUGAAGCCCCUGUGGGAUUGAUUUGGGUGGAAUGCAAGGAUAAUACCCACACACUGUUUAGAUGUUCCCAAUGUUCCCAAAGUCACAAUACUAACAUGUCAACCACUGUCCUUGUCAAGCCUAUUGCCACUGUAUAAUAAAACCAUGGCAGCAUUUGAACAGUGGAUUUUCUUUUUCCAUAUUUGAUACCCCCUUGCACCUGUAAAAUCUGUGGAAUGUGUGUUCUGUAUAAUACCUUGAACUAUUGAUUUUGGGCAUAGUCAAGUAGUUCAAUGGUAAACGGCCAUUUCAACACAGUGUGUCUGUUCUGAAUAUAACUACCGGUAGAUGAAGCUUAGGCAACAGGAAACAAAAUGGCGACUACUGUAUGUUUGUUUGUUUUUUUCAUUUCUGUUGCUCUGAAACAUUCAUAGGCAAAUUGGCCUGUGGCAGCACAGUUCUGCUGCCAAAUGUUGUUCUGUGCAGUAGAACAGUGCAAGGUAUCAAGAAGUUUUGCGGCACUUCAGGGUUUGUGGGUCAUCAUAAAUUGUAAUUGUUAGCUCAUGAUUUCGAUACAUCUCAGGAGCUUAGGAAUCAAACAAUACUUUUUAUGGUUUGCAAGCGGUCUGGUGAAGCCAAAAUCAUAUUGUGUUUUGUUAUUUGUAAAAGUCUGAGAGGUGAAAAAGAUUUGUUGAGUAAGUGGUUGGAUGAUGGUUUUUCUGGUGUUGUUUGGUUGUUAGCUACAUCUCACUUUGUUGUGCCCACAACUGUAUAGAAGUUAUUAUGAUGUUAUUGACUCUCUUACACAGACAUCGAUUGAUUGUCGACAUCAGAAUGAUCAAGAUACAAACACACUCUGGACAUGAAACAUGUUGAUGACAAUCUGUUAGUACAGCAGCAACACCAGUACAAUCUUAGAAAAAAAAGGGUUCCGUAAGUGUUCUUCCCAUGUCCCUGUAGGAUAACCCUUUUGGGUUCCAAGUAGAACCCUGGAACCAAAAGGGUUCUCCCAGGAAUCAAAAAUAGUUCUUCAAAGGGUUCUCAUAUGGGGACAUUCGAAUAACCCUUUUAGGUUCCAGAGAGCAUUUUUUUGUCAACCCAGAGUGCCCCAGUAGUGACAGUAGUGUUGCUUUUAUAAUACAUAGACAUAUUCAGCACCACACUAGUCCCCACCUGACAGUUUUUAUGUUUAGACCAAUGAUGUUGUUUUGAUUUUAGUGGGUGAAGCCACUUAACCCUGUGCCUGAUGGUGUUCAGGGUAAUUUUAUAUUGGAUUGGGAGUGUUGUGUUUUAUAAACUGUUUUUGUAUGUGGCUCAAUGUACCUUAGAAGAAAGAGGGCAGCUUAAAAACACGUGAAAUAUCCAGAUGUCUUGCAGUGAUGACUUCCUUGGGGGGGGGGAACUCAAACUCACACUUCGUAGUUGAAGACAGUAGAAGUGUGAUUGGUACUACCGGCUGGCUAUACGAAAUUGCAGGACAAGGGAGUCAAGUUAACUCUCUUUCAACCUGCCUGUCAAACUGUAGUCAAACGUUGCUGGUGAUAUGAUAUCUCAUUCUCCUCCAUGUGGCAGCAACUGCAGGGUCUAACAGAUGGCCGGUAAUGCUGUAAGCCACUGGAUCACCCAGCUCGGAGAUUACUAUACACUAUAUCUCAUCUAGCUGUUCAAUAAUGUUCAAGAUAAACUGAUAGAGCCGCCAACUGGGAAAGCAGCCUAUGUUCCCUCAAGAGCAGGAUAGGAGUUAUUGUAGUAAAGAAAUACAUAUACACUGGAUCUCACUCAUCAUCGGUCUGUAGAUACUGUGUGGUGCUGUACUGCUAGAGUACAGUUGUUAGCGCACACUUAGCUCACAUACUCAGAAAGAAAUUGCUUACUCUCUGGUGGCUAGUGUUGUUCCUUUUUCACCCAGCACUGGUAUAGGCCUGAAAGACUCACAAGUACACGUGAUCUGCCCUUGCUUGGUUUCUAACCCAAUGGGAAAUAUUGGAAACACUGCCUUUUUGGUUAUGUACUUAAUGCUAGCUUAUUUGCGUAAUGCUAGCUCAUUUGCUAGCUCAUUUGCGUAUGUGUGUGUGUGUGUGUGUGAAUGUUUUUGUUAACCCAACGCUUUUUAUAUGCAAAGUUCCCAUCGGCUAAAGACCCAUUAAAAGUAAUUAUCAUCUUACAGCAUCUCUGUAAUACUAAGGUGACAUCUUUUCAAACCCCUGUUCUCUGAAUAUUCUGUGUCAUUUUCAAGAAGUCGAUUCAAAUCACACUUCCUGGUGGAAGCUACAAUGGCUAUUGAGGUAGAGCUUGCCCUUAACCACAGAUCUAGGAAUCAUAACCUGAACCAUAAAGGGAUGAAAACAAAUAUGUCCCUGUAUCAGUGGUUAAGGGCAACGUGUUUGCUAGGAUGUGUUUGUCUGUCAGCUGGCUGGGCUGAAAUGUUGAAAUGUUCUGAUACCAUUGGGCCCUUCUAAAUCUGUGAUUAAAUGGGAAAGUGAAGGGGAGGUAUGGCACUUGUAAAUAUUACUCAAUAAACACCUUGGGAUUGUAUUUAAA